AUGUCUAAACCGAUGGAUGAUGAUGAGGAUGAUUUAGGAGGCGAAUCACCAGAGGCUCCACAGCUGGCGACUGCAAUUCUAGGCUCGGUGGCGUUCAAGGAGGAUAUCGACCUCAAUGAGCAGACUUCGGAUACGAUGACCAGACGAGCGAUUGAACAAUUAACAAAAAUUCGAACCGAGAAGAGCGAAAUAGUUGAAAUGCAGUUUAUGGACGAUUUAGAAGAUCUGCGUUUGCUUAUAGCUAAAGAAUAUUCGAACCUGAUAAAAGAAUUCGAAGUCCAUAGAAUAUUUAAAUCGAAUUUAUACAAUUCGGCGGAACAUAGGUUGACAAGUGACAAUAAAAGACCAGAGAUGACCCCUAAUGAACGCCAAGUGCUGCUAGGUCACUGUUUGCAUGUUAAGCAUAAAGUUGACACGCUGUCACCCCUGAUGAACGAAGUGCACUGUAGCAAGCGGAAUAUUGACUACCGUAUGUACGGACUAGGUAUCGUCAAAUAUCCUCGAUCAACUUCAAGAAGUACAAAAAGUGCGACUUCUCGAAAGAAAUCAACUCAGGAGCAGCUGCCAAUAUACAACAACAUUGUUUUGCCCCUUAGAGGUUCUGAUGAACACCAAUGGCAUACCGUGAAGAAGACCAUAGUGAGGAAACCGUUACUUAAUUCUAAUAAUAAUUUUGAAAUCGCCAAUACACUUUGA